AUGUUGACCGCAGUCAACUUCUCACCGGCCCCACCUGCGUUCCUCGCCGCAGCCGUUCCCCAAGCCUGCGUUCACACGGUGCACCGCCGCACGCGGGGGCGUUUCACGCUCGCAGUCCUCCCCGCGGCCGCAGCCCGCUGUCUUCAUCGCCGCCUCCCCGUUUGCCCGCACCGCACCCCGCAGUCACAGUCGCCGAAGUCGUCCGCCGCAGCCGCAGUCGCCCGCCGCAACCGGCCACGUGCUGUCGCACCUCUCCGCUCGCAGGCGGCGAGCCCUCCACCUUCCCUUGCUUCUAUAAAUGGAGCUUUGGGGAACAACAGCGAGGGAAACGAAGGAGAGAACAAGGAGAGAGAUCAAGGGAUGAGAAUUACCCUUGAUCUUGGUGAAAAUAAAUUGCAUGGCAGAAUUCCAACAUGGAUAGGAAGAAACCUCUGGUCGUUGAGAGUUCUUCGUCUGAGGUCAAACUUUCUAAAUGGUACCAUCCCAAUGAAUAUAGCGGAUUUCACUUCUCUCCAGGUAUUGGAUCUUUCUUCCAACAAUCUAACUGGCAGUCUACCAUCAUCUCUAGGAAAUUUCAGUGCCAUGGUUGAGACACAAAAUGAUACCGGGUCAAUGCUUCAUAUCGACAACUAUUAUUAUGAAGAGAGCAUCUUGAUGACCACAAAAGGAUCAACGAUUGAUUACACAACCAUUCUCUCGCUGGUGACAAGCAUAGACUUGUCAAAUAAUCAUCUCUCUGGUGAAAUCCCAAAAGAACUGACCAAGCUUCUCGGAUUGCGCUUCCUAAACUUAUCCAACAAUCAUUUGACGGGGAGGAUUCCAGAAAAGAUUGGUGAUAUGAAACAGCUAGAAUCACUUGACUUAUCGAUGAACAGUCUCACCGGGGAGAUACCUUCGAGCUUUUCUGCUAUGAAUUUCCUGGAUUAUUUGAAUCUGUCUUACAAUAACUUGUCAGGCAAAAUACCCACGAGUGGUCAAUUGUCGACCUUUGGCUCAUGGUCAUAUGUGGGUAACAAAGACCUUUGUGGUACGCCACUGCCAGAUUGCCCUGUCUAUCAAACUCCACCUGAUGCCAGAGUUAAAGAUGAUGAGAAGCUCGACAAAUUAUUGGAGUACACCAGUAUUGUGGUUGGAUUUGUGGUCGGCUUUUGGCUGUUUAUUGGCACACUCAUCAUGAAGCAGGCCAUCAGAUUUGCUUUCUUCCGACGGAUCGACAAGACCAUUGACUGGAUGUAUGUUCAGUUUGCAGUUAAGCUUGCGAAGCUCAAAUCCAAAUGGCAAACGAUGACAUGA